AUGGAAGGCCCGGUCGAGGAUGAGAAGAAGCCAUUUGACGCCGAAACCACCCAGGAGGACGACGCGCAACCAGAUCCCGACGAGCAUCUUAUGCUGGACCAGGGAAAUGGACGUGUGUGGCUCGUCAAGAUCCCCAAGUUCCUCAUGGAGCGGUGGGCAGCUAUCGACGUUGAGGACGUUCAUCUAGCCACACUACGGGUAUACAAUCCACCUCCAGAUGCGCCCAACCAAAAGGCGCGAAUUGUACUUUUCCUUCCUCCCAACCGCGACCCCAAUGACCCCAACGCCACACUCCCGCCACAACCCUCAAAUCGACCUGCAUUCGAGACAGCAACAUCAUAUGCCGCCACGGGCCCCGAACCAGACUGCUACGAACUCGACAUGGUCAACGACAGCGUGGAGAACCAGAUCGUAGUCGCGGAACGACCGAAGGACUCUUCACUCAGCGUCUCAUCCGCCACCGCGGCCGCUACGACCAACACACGAGCUCGUACGACGAUUCUAACUGGUCGAAUAAAACACGAGUGCAAUCUCCGGCCUGCGUUCAGCGCAAACUACCGACGACAGAUGAGGGAACGGCACAAGAAGUACAACACGCCUGCGCGCCAGAUCAGGAUGAUAGAGGACGCUGGGGUGCCAGGUGGCAGAGGAGGAGUCAACAGACUCAGUAGUGGUGUCGGCGUCGGUGCCGGAAGUGCUUUCGGAGAUCUCAUUCGUACGAAACCGAAACAACCGAAGGGCACCUUCGAGCGCAUGGCCCGUAUGCCACGGAACCAGCUCCUCGAUCAACUCUUUGCCCUGUUCCGCGAAACACCACGAUGGAGCAUCAAGCCUCUGCGGGAGAAGACACAACAGCCCGAGGUCUACCUGAAGGAGACUCUAGCUGAGAUCGCCUUCUUGUAUAAGUCCGGGGAGUAUAACGGACUUUGGGAGCUGAAGGAGCUCUUUAGAGAGAGUGGGAUGAAAGCGGAGAACGUCCCUGGCCCAAGCAUGUCCGGCGACGUCAAGAUGGACGAAGAUUACGAUGAAGAUGAGGAUGAGGAUGAGGACAUGGAGGAAGUGUCAUAA